AUGUUAAACACUCCAAUAAAAGUUUUAAAAUGUGAUGAAGGGGGAGAGUACACUAAGCUUGCGUUUCAAAAUUAUCUUGUUGAUCAUGGUAUAAGCCAAAGGUUUUCAUGUCCUAAGCAUCUUGAGCAAAAUGGUUUAGCUGAAAGAAAACAUGGGCAUCUUGUUAAAACUGGGAUUUUUGGGAGCUCAAUGCUCUUCCCGCAGCUACCUCAAUGGAGAACUCCAUUUUUAGCCAUCUUUAUUCCUUCUUUUCUCCCUUAUUCUAUGGCUAGAUCUGAUGGAGGGAAAGCAAUGGGUAUGUACACUGGUUUGAAGGGUGUUUUGCUCAAGCAUCCUUUGGUUUUUUGA